AUGUCCACAGAUCGAAAGACCGUCCUCAUCACGGGCUGCUCCGAUGGAGGCAUCGGAGCUGCACUGGCUGAGACCUUCCACGAUCACCGCUAUCAUGUCUUUGCCACUGUGCGCACGCCAUCAAAGGCCCCCAAGUCUCUCAUCAACUCUCCCAAUGCCACCGUCCUCACCCUGGAUGUGCUGGACUCGACGUCUAUCUCUGAUGCCGUGGAAAAGGUGACGAAAGCCACUGGCGGCAAGCUUGACGUUCUAGUAAACAAUAGUGGAGGCAGCAUUAUUCUCCCCGCUUUGGAUACUUCAAUCGAGGACGGCAAAAAGUUAUUCGACUUGAAUUUCUGGGCGCCCUUAGCUGUGACGCAGGCCUUUGCUCCUCUACUGAUCAGGUCCAAAGGUUGUCUUGUAAACAAUACAUCAGUGAAUGGAGCUCUACCAUUUGUAUUCAUGAGCAUGUACAAUUCCUCAAAAGCGGCCUUUAUGAGCGCCAGCGAGACUUGGCGUAUGGAGCUGGCUCCGCUGGGUGUUCGGACCAUCACUCUUAUGACUGGUGGUGUGAAGACUAAGUUCUUUGACAAUUACGUCCCUCGCCAGGUCCCCGAGAACUCAUAUUACAUUGGAGCAAAGGAUGCUGUUCAGAAAAUGGGAGAUGGGAGCUUGCAGGAUAGCGGCAUCGACAGGUACUCAUAUGCCUCUAAAGUGUUUCAGGCAGUCGAGAGGAAGGUGUCAGGAAAGCUGUGGGUUGGUGGAGGCGCUGUUCCUGCGAAAUGGGCACUGUGGUUAUUGCCGCAAUGGGGUGUGGUAGGUAUCCUUCUCCUUUUUGCUGCAGAGUACCUAUGUGGCAUUGAUGAAGAUGAUGUACUAAAUGCUUUGGUAGGAUUUGAUGAUGAGAAAAAUGUUUCCUGUGUUUGGAACAAUCGAAGCUGGGGUGAAGAAAGACGCUUAAAGUCGUAUACUAGCUGCGCAACCGUCAUGGCUGCGUAG